ACCCGGCCUGCCGCGCGCCGGCCUCCUCCGCUUGGCCGGCCCAAGAUGGCGGUGCAGGAAUCGGCGGCCCAGCUGUCCAUGACCCUGAAGGUGCAAGAGUACCCGACCCUCAAGGUGCCCUAUGAGACACUGAAUAAACGCUUCCGAGCUGCUCAGAAAAACAUUGACCGGGAGACGAGUCACGUCACCAUGGUGGUGGCCGAGCUGGAGAAGACCUUGAGCAGCUGCCCAGCUGUGGACUCUGUGGUCAGCCUCCUGGACGGUGUGGUGGAGAAGCUCAGUGUCCUCAAGAGGAAGGCGGUGGAGUCCAUCCAGGCCGAGGACGAGAGUGCCAAACUCUGUAAGCGCAGGAUCGAGCACCUCAAGGAGCAUAGCAGUGACCAGCCAGCAGCGGCCAGCAUGUGGAAGAGGAAGCGCAUGGACCGCAUGAUGGUGGAGCACUUGCUGCGCUGUGGCUACUAUAACACGGCUGUGAAGCUGGCACGUCAGAGCGGCAUUGAGGACCUGGUGAAUAUCGAGAUGUUCCUGACAGCCAAAGAAGUGGAGGAGUCCUUGGAGAGACGUGAGACAGCCACCUGCCUGGCCUGGUGCCAUGAUAACAAGUCCCGGCUCCGGAAGAUGAAGAGCUGCCUGGAGUUCAGCCUCAGGAUUCAGGAAUUCAUUGAGCUCGUUCGGCAGAACAAGCGCCUGGAUGCUGUGAGACAUGCAAGAAAGCACUUCAGUCAGGCUGAAGGGAGCCAGCUGGAUGAGGUCCGUCAGGUCAUGGGCAUGUUGGCCUUUCCGCCAGACACACACAUCUCCCCGUACAAGGACCUCCUGGACCCGGCGCGGUGGCGGAUGCUCAUUCAGCAGUUCCGCUAUGACAACUACCGACUGCACCAGCUGGGGAACAGCUCCGUGUUCACACUAACACUACAGGCCGGCCUCUCAGCCAUCAAGACACCACAGUGCUAUAAGGAAGAUGGCAGCUCCAAGAGCCCUGACUGCCCUGUGUGCAGCCGCUCCCUGAACAAGCUGGCCCAGCCCCUGCCCAUGGCCCACUGCGCCAACUCCCGCCUGGUCUGCAAGAUCUCCGGCGAUGUGAUGAACGAGAACAACCCGCCCAUGAUGCUGCCCAAUGGCUACGUCUAUGGCUACAACUCUCUGCUUUCUAUCCGUCAAGAUGAUAAAGUUGUUUGCCCAAGAACCAAAGAAGUCUUCCACUUCUCACAAGCCGAGAAAGUGUACAUCAUGUAGGCCCCGAGUCGCCAAGCGCACGCCUGGGGUCAGGGGCUAUGGGAGCGGGGCCGCACCCUUCUCCGUCCCAAUCCCUGCCUGCCCCGGCGUUUCUGUUUCUUGCGACCAAAGAUGAGUGAGCAACGACACAUACUCUUACAGACAGAGGAAGUCAGAUUUAUUGAGUCUGUACCUGAGAACAGCAUUUUGAUCAGUAGGAUUUUGUAACAUAAGUCGACUGUUUGAUGCUUCUGCAAAGUUCUUGCACCUCAAAGGAAACUUUCUCUACAGCGUGACCUAAACACCGAGGGAAACUCAGAACGUCUCAAAAGUAGGAAUUGGUGAUUUCCCAGUGUUUCUGUUUCCUCCUUUGCUAGUGACCAGACGUGGGGAGCAUGAGGAAUAACUCGUGUUGGCUGCAGCCUGGGUGAGGUGCUGGCCGCACCAGCCUUGACUUGUGAUGUAGUCCCCGAGGCCUUUCCUGACUUUACUCUAGAGCUGCUGCCAAAACGCCACCGUGUGCCACACCCCUGGGAUUGCUUUGCCGAGGCUCCACCCGCAAGGCAGGCUUGCGGCUGCGGGGCUGUGUCCAUAUGUGCAUAGGUUCAGUAUCUCAUCUUCCCUGCGCCCGCCUUAUUUCCUGCUUCGAGAAUGUAUUCAUGUGGAAAUCCACUGGACCAAGUUUCUGCAGAGGCCUUGCUGGAUGGUUCCGUAACCCUAGAGCCUAAAUGCUAUUCAUUACAGAAACUGAUAGUUGAGCCGAAAUAAGUACUGAUGGUUUUCAAAGCAAAUGAACCAUUAUAGUUCACACAAAACCAUAUUGUAGAGGUUUGUAUCUAGCACUUAUUUUUGCAUGUUGAUGUUGAUUAGCUAAUAAACUGUAAAUGUAAAGCGUGUUAAUAAAACAGCUUUCUAUUUCUCA